AUGCCAAUAGCGUCAGAUAAUAUUUAUUCAUUUCAAUCACCGGCACUGCCAUCACAAUUACCAUUUCAACCAUUACCAGAAUCCUUUAUUCCUACACAUCAUUCAUUUCCACCUUGCACACUGAAACAAAUGCUAAUAUUUCAUUCGAAGUGCAUUGAUAAACAACCAGUGAAGCAAACUCGAAGACUAUCAUUCCUUGAAAAUCCGCUGACAAAACAGUUUAUUGCUGAAGUAACUGCCUAUUCGACUGUUUAUAAAAAGCCAAACGAAGGAUACGAUAAUGUUUUACGUGUAAUGCAACAAUAUUUUACAGUGAUGAACCCAUCUCAUACUUUAUUUGAUGGCACAUCCAUACAACCGAAAGUAUUUUCAUCGAACAAUGAAUUACGUGCAAAUCGAAAAAUCACCGGUUUUCUAUACGAGAAUGAUAUCACCUUAACUCUCCAACAAAUAAAUACAAUAUAUGCAGAUACCCAGAUAAUUCAGAAUCGAAUGCGUUCGAAGAGGAAGAUCACUUCAAAUAAAACUCUUCGUUGGACAGAUGGCAUUAUACCCUAUGUAUUUGGUAUUUCAGACGAAAAGUGGCAAAAUGAAAUAAAGAAAAGUAUGCAAUAUUUGGAGAAAGAAACAUGUAUUCGUUUUUUGGAGAGAACAACCACUCAUAAUGAUUUUAUCGUUUUCAUUCGAGGAAGCGGCUGUUACUCAGGAAUUGGAAAAGUUGGUGGAAGUCAAACAAUCUCAAUUGGAUAUGGUUGCGAAACGUUGGGCAUAAUAAUUCAUGAAAUUGGACAUUCGCUAGGUUUUUGGCAUGAACAAGAGCGACCUGAAAGAGAUUAUUAUGUGCGUAUAAACUUAAGUCAUGUUUUGAGCGGAACAGAAGGGAAUUUCGCGAAACGAUCACGAUUGGAAAUUAUUGACUUGGGAGUACCAUAUGAUCUUGGUUCCAUCAUGCAUUAUGCUUCAAAUACUUUUGCGAAGAGUCCUUAUCAACUAACAAUUGAUCCUUGGGAUGUUAAAUUUCGAUCAACCAUUGGCAAUAGAGUUUCACCAUCAUUCACUGAUGUCAAACAGAUUAAUCAACUUUAUUGCACUCAGAGAUGCGAGCGGCGACUUCCUUGCAAGCAUGGUGGUUAUCCUGACCCGAAUGGUUGUCAGCGAUGUAAAUGCCCAGAAGGUCUUGGAGGACAAUACUGUGAUACUCUACAAUAUUCAAGGUGUGGACGUGAAUUAAUUGCAACAGAAAUUUGGCAAAUUCUGAAAUAUUCAGGCAAUGAGACUUGUUUCUGGAGAAUUUCAACAAAAGAUAGUAAUAAAAUUCGAUUCGAAGUUUUUGAGGUGUUUUUUAAAUGUGAUCCAACGUGUGAAGAAUUUGUUGAGGUGAAACAUAACAGCGAUAUGCAAUUAAUCGGGUUUCGAUUGUGUUGCCUGCCUUAUUCGGGCAAAAUCUUAUCGCAUAAUUCUUUUAUCAUAGUAAUCAGUAAAGCUUUAUUGAAAUCAACCUUUUCGCUGAGAUAUAUCAGUGGUACCUUUUUUUUACAAUUUACUAAGAUCACAACUCAAAUUUUAAACCCAAAUUCAUUUUUGACGAAACUGAAUCCAUGCAGUCAAACAUCAAAUCCAAUUCUCAUCAACUGGGGAAAAUGGGGAGCAUGCACUGAAAAGUGCGGUGCAUGUGGAGUGCAAUAUCGAUAUUUAAUGCAAAAUGGAAAACAAAUCAGCUCACCCAAAUUUGGUUCUCCACAAUCAAAAAUUUGCAAUACUCAGCCAUGUGAAUCUAGUGGUGUGUUAAAAAGCCGAAGCGAUCUCUAUGUCACCAAUGGUAGACUAAAGAAGUUUUUCAUCUUUUUUUUAAUAGAUUUUUGGACAUUUCUUUUUUUUAACUAA